UGCCGCUUCUGGGACCUGGCGCUGCGGGAGCACGCCGCCGUUAACCAGAAAGGAAUUUAUGAUGAAGCAUUAAGCAGUUUCUUUAGAAAUGUGGAUACCAGAACUGAUGGUGAUGGUAUUGAUAUUUACAGAGGAAAAAUCUGCUCUCUAAAAGCACGAGCACUCUUGAUUGACAUGGAGGAGGGUGUAGUAAAUGAAAUUCUACAGGGGCCAUUGAGAGACGUGUUUGACAGCAAGCAGCUUAUCACAGAUGUUUCUGGAUCAGGGAACAACUGGGCUGUAGGUCACAAACUGUAUGGCUGUCAGUACCGGGAGAAUAUUGUGGAAAAGCUGAGAAGGACUGCAGAACAUUGCGAUUGUUUGCAGUGUUUUUUUGUAAUUCAUUCCAUGGGAGGAGGGACAGGCUCUGGUCUUGGUACUUUUGUACUAAAUGUUCUUAAGGAUGAGUUCCCAGAAGUAUACAGAUUUGUUACUUCAGUUUACCCUUCUGGUGAAGAUGAUGUUGUUACUUCUCCAUAUAACAGCGUUCUAGCAAUGAAGGAACUUAAUGAACAUGCAGACUGUGUGUUGCCAAUUGAAAAUGAAUCUUUAUUUAAUAUAGUUAGCAAAAUUCAUCAGAUGACCAAUUCUGGAAAGCUGGGAUCAACUGUGAAGCAAAACAGUUUGAUAACUUCAAGUGCAGGUGGUAUAAGAACUGACCAGGCAAAGCCAUUUGAUGCCAUGAAUAAUAUCGUUGCUAACUUGCUGCUGAACCUGACAAGCUCUGCGAGAUUUGAAGGUUCCCUUAACAUGGAUCUUAAUGAAAUCAGCAUGAAUUUGGUUCCCUUUCCUCAACUUCAUUACCUGGUUUCCAGUUUGACUCCUCUGUAUACAUUGGCUGAUGUUAAUGUACCUUCUAGAAGGUUGGAUCAGAUGUUUUCAGAUGCUUUUAGUAAAGAUCACCAACUAAUUCAAGCAGACCCAAAGCAUAGUUUGUAUCUUGCCUGUGCACUCCUGGUUCGAGGAAAUGUUCAAGUUUCAGACCUCCGUAGAAACAUUGAAAGGUUGAAGCCUUCCCUUCAAUUUGUGUCCUGGAAUCAAGAAGGCUGGAAAACAGGCCUGUGUUCGGUACCUCCUGUGGGUCAUUCUCACUCACUUCUGGCAUUAGCAAACAACACUUGUGUGAAACCCACCUUUAUGGAGCUCAAAGACAGAUUUAUGAAGCUCUAUAAGAAAAAGGCUCACCUUCACCACUACCUGCAUGUUGAUGGGAUGGAACAGAGCUGUUUCUCAGAAGCCAUAUCAUCUCUGACUGACCUAAUAGAGGAGUAUAACCAGCUAGAUGUUAGUAAAGGUGGGCCUAGAACAGAUCCCCCAAGACUGAAGAUAGCUAUGUAAGGAUGGUGUAUUUUUGGAACACCAAAUCACCUAGGUUCACUGGAUGGCUUGGAACCAGUGAAGGGCUCCAGAAUGACCCUGGCUUUGAGCUGACUGGCGUUGUCACGUUAUGAUUGGUUCAACCUGUGGGAAAGAAUCACAGACACAUUGCACUCUAGCAUUCAGUUAUGGAAUAUUAAAUUAGCUCAUAUCUGUCCAACUGUGGAGUGAAUAAAGACCAUGAUAGAGAGACAGAGGAGGAUUAUAGCUGCCCAAAGUGUAGCUGAACUUCUUAGACCUUAAGUUCAACUAAUCAAGUACAAGCUCUAAUUCCCACAGUUGUCUAAUGUAGGGAUGUUUUUCCUAAUAUUUUUCCAAGUUAUCUGAGAAGACGUAAAACAUAUAUGCCCCUCCCAAACAUAAAAGCAAGCAUCUAGAGAGUCUUUUCGAUUUAAACUUUGCAGGGUACUAGGAAUUAUUCCAAAAUAUUAAUCUAAAUUGUGUCACUUAAAAGGGAAAAGGAGAAAGCAGAGCGCUAUGGAAUUCUGGAGGACAUAUGGGUUGUUUUCAAAAUAGUACCUCUUUUUUAAAGAGGUAUUUUGGAGUGGUUUAGCCACUAUUUGAAGAGUUUCAAAGCUCAUGGAUCUUUGCAUAGAUGGCUCUUUGAAACCUUUCAGAGGCAUUUGAAACAUUUCAAUUGUUACUCCUGUCCACACUCUAGGUUACACUAGUGCUAAUGAAUGCACUUCAUCAGGGUAAUGUAGAAUAUCACUUUUUGCUGUAACUGAUAGUAGCACUGACAACUUUUUUGGAAGAAUGAAGAUUAUGUUCUUGAGAAUCUUUUAUUUUAAUUGAGUUCUUAUGUAUAUAAUUAUUGGAUUGAAGAUACUUGUGUAUUUAUAAACACUUGCCUUUAUUUUUAUAAAAUAAAAUAUAUAACUAUUUUGAGU